GGACUGGCCUUGAAGUUGUGUUCUUUGUGCCUCAGCCUCCGGAGUUGUUGGGAUUACAGGUGUGCACCACUGCCCCUGACCAAUUCUUAGGACAUCAAGCUCCACAGGUGUGGGAGGAACUGAGGAAAGGGACCUGGAGUGGGCCCAGCUGCAAGAGGCAUCCCCCACAGUGAAGGAUGCUUGCGGAGCCAGUCCCGACUCCACAGGAGCAAGAGCAGCUCGGAGCUGUCAAGCUGGAGGAGGAGGAGGCCACUGGCCAGGAGGCUACAAGGAGGCCAGUGGCCAGGCCUCGGCCUGAGGUGGCCCACCAGCUCUUCAGAUGCUUCCAGUAUCAGGAAGACAUGGGGCCACGUGGGUCCCUGAGCCGGCUACGGGAACUCUGCCACCAUUGGCUGCAGCCAUCUCUUCACACCAAGAAACAGAUCCUUGAGCUGUUGGUGUUGGAGCAGUUCCUGAGUGUGCUGCCCCCACACCUGCUGGGCCGCCUGCAGGGUCAGCAGCUCAGGGAUGGAGAGGAGGUGGUGCUACUGCUGGAGGGCGUGCCCAGGGAUGUCAGCCACGUGGGGCCACUGGAUUUUAGUUUCAAUACUGGCAAGAAUGGAUCCCGUGCAGCCACCAACUUGGAGGAACAGGGGGGCCCUUCUCAGGUCCCCAGCCACAGCCCCAAAAAGGAACUGCCCUCAGAAGAACCUCCAGCUCUGUGUCCAUCAAAUGAAUUGCCCCCAUUCCAGCCAGAGCCUCCUGGUCCAGCUGAGCCUGGAGAGUGGAAACCUGCUCUAGAUUCAAGCCAGUCACUGAGCCCGGGGCCCCAGAGGACACUCCAGCCCCUGCAAGAUAACAUCCCACAGGGUGCCUUGUGUCAGGAGGAGAAUGCCCAAGAUCAGGAGCUGGCAGCUGUGCUGGAAUCCCUGACCUUCGAGGAUGUCCCAGUGAAGAAGGCCUUGCCCAAGCAUCUUGUGGGAUUUGGGAGCAGAACCCCGGACAAGGAGGAAUUUAAACCAGAAGAGCCCAAUGGGGCUGCCUGGUCCUCUACCAUCUCAGCAGAGUCACAAGCAGACAGCUUGGGGGUGGCUGGAGAACCUCUUACCCAGACGCUGGGGCCAGGCCCUGAGACCAGCAGUACUGGUGGAGGAGGGUCCCCUCCUGGCAGCACUGAAGUUUUGGAGGUCGCAGUGGGCGAGGACAACCCUAGAUCAGAGGAAGAAUUGCACUUCAUAUGCGCCGAGUGUGGCGCGAGCUUCCGGCAGUUGUCCCGCCUGAAGGCACACCAGGUGCGUUCUCACCCGGUUUCGCGUUCCUUCCAGUGCCUCUGCUGCGGAAAGAGCUUUGGCCGCAGCUCCAUCCUCAAGCUGCACAUGCGCACGCACACUGACGAACGGCCGCAUGCCUGCCACCUCUGCAACCACCGCUUCCGCCAGAGCUCCCACCUGGCCAAGCACCUGCUCACGCACUCUUCUGAGCCUGCCUUCCUGUGUGCUGAGUGUGGCCAGGGUUUCCAGCGUCGUUCCAACCUCGUGCAGCACCUGCUGGCGCACACCCAGGACCAAAAGCCCACGUGUGUCCCAGAGGCCAAGACAGAAGGGCGAGAGGCGACCGUCUUCCAGUGCCCCCACUGUGUGCAGACCUUUCAGCGCCGCUCCAGCCUAAAGCGUCACCUGCGGAUCCAUGCCAAGGGCAAGGACCACAAGGGCUCUGAAGACUCAGGUAGUCAGAGCCAGAGCCGCGAGAAGAGGCCCUACGUUUGCAGCGACUGCGGCAAGGCCUUCCGGCGCAGUGAGCACCUGGUGACCCACCGGCGCGUGCACACGGGUGAGAAGCCUUUCUCAUGCCAGGUCUGCGGUCGCAGUUUCACCCAAAGUUCCCAGCUGGUCAGCCACCAGCAAGUGCACACAGGUGAGAAGCCCCACGCCUGCCCACAGUGCGGGAAGCGCUUUGUCCGACGUGCCGGCCUUGCCCGCCACCUGUUGACACACGGUGGCCCACGGCCCCACCGCUGUGCCCAGUGUGGCAAGAGCUUCAGCCAGACUCAGGAUCUGGCCCGCCAUCUGCGCAGCCACACGGGCGAGAAGCCCUGCCGCUGCAGCGAGUGUGGCGAGGGCUUUAGCCAGAAUGCCCACCUGGCGCGCCACCAGCGCAUCCACACUGGGGAGAAGCCCCAUGCCUGCGACACGUGCGGCCACCGCUUCCGUAAUAGCUCCAAUCUGGCCCGUCACCGCCGCAGCCACACUGGGGAGCGGCCCUACAGCUGCCCGACCUGUGGCCGCAGCUUCCGGCGCAAUGCCCAUCUGCAGCGCCACCUGGUCACACACACGGGAGUGGUGCAGGAGGUGGAAACCCCGCAGGAGUGCCCGGAGUGUGGUAAGAGCUUCAGCCGCAGCUGCAACCUGCUGCGACACCUGCUGGUGCACACGGGUGCCAGGCCUUACUCCUGCGUGCAGUGUGGUCGUGGCUUCAGCCGCAACUCCCACCUGCUGCGCCACCUGCGAACCCACGCCCGGGAGACGCUGUACUAGCAUCACCAAGGUUCCAGCAGCACUACUCGGGCACCUGUGGAUGGAUAGCACCCGAGGCCUUCCUCUACGUCCCCAUGACGCCCACUUCCUCCGACUCCUUAGUGUUUGUUCUCCCCGCCUGUGGCUUUUUUGUUGUUGUUGACCUGGGGAUUGAACCCAGAGGUGCUUUACCACUGAGCUACACCCCCAUCAGGAUCUAAGUUGCUGAGGCCAGCCUCCACCUCAGUCUCCCCAGCCAACAGGAUUACAGCAUGGCCCACCACACCUGGUCCCUCCUGUGGCUUCUUUUCCUGGCCUCAAAAGUGUAUUUCAUAUACACAAAGUAAAGCGGCCUUCUUGAAAGUGGUUCUCUUUUAUUUCUUUUUUCUAACCCCAUCCCUGCCCCACUAGGUCCAAUCCUUCUAUUUACAUCCACCAAACUGCCAUCUGUGACAGGCAGCUUGUUGGAAGGUCCAGGAAUCUCACCCUGGAACUUAUUCUCUUCCAGAGUUUACCCCCAAACCUGUGCUGUCCAAUACAGCAGUCCCAAGCCAUGUGUGGCAUCUCUAAAUUCAUCAUAAUAGAAUAAAGUGUUAAAUCCCA